CACACUGAUACUGACAACUGACAAUGGGCAAUGAAGGAAGUAAAUUUAAAGGCUUAAUUAUUGACAAAAAUGCGGUUGAGGUAAACGACUUCUGGGCGCUAUACAAUGCAGAAUCCCCAACGACAUCCAAUGAAGAGGGCGGAGGCGGUGGCCAGCUCCUGUCCAUAUUUCAGGGAGAAAUUCUGGUGAAGGGCCAGCUAUGGAGUCCAGUGGGCCCCAUGGAGAGAGCCAUUAAGAACCUCGCGAUCUAUCGACAUCCUUACAUUUUGAAAUAUGUGACAACAUGGGACCAGUCCGGACAGAAGCAUCUUGCCACGGAGAGAGUGAGGCCACUUAACGAUGUGCUGGCUAAACAGAGCGACAUACAAGUUUGCCUCGGGCUACGAACGAUACUCUGCAGCCUCAUAUUCUUGAUUGAAAGGGCUCUGGCAAGGCAUUUGAACAUAAGCACACAUUCCGUUUACGUGACAGACAGUGGGAGUUGGCGUCUAGCUGGCUUCGAGUACGUUUGGAAGGCUAAGGAGGUCAACAAACAAUUACUAGAUCUGGCAAGCACUUUUAUGGACCCCAAAAACCUCGGGGAUGAUUUUGAGCAGUUCGCUUUUGCAUCUCUAUGCGAAAGUGUCCUGGAUAAAUGUAGACCUUCUGCCGGCGACGCUGGUACUCCGCAUGUGUCUGAGUUUCGCGAAUAUUGCAGCACACACUUGAAACACAAGAACACAGAGCUCAGACCGAAGCUGUCAGCCGUCUUGCUGCAUCCGUACUUUAAUCAUGAGUUUGUACUAAUACAUUCCUUUCUCUUUGAGUUGCCGCUGAAGUCGAUUCAAGAGCGCCAGCAGUUUUUUAGCACUUUAAUUGAACGUUUGCGUUGCUUCGAUGAGCAAAUGGUCGCCUCUCAACUUGCCAGCGAUUUGCUUUCCAGGAUGGUUCUGCUCGAUCCCACCGCUCAGCAGUGUGUGCUACCGUACGUGCUGCGAACGAAGGCCACAGAUGGCGCAACGGCCUCACUGUUUACUCCACAGACCUACGUACAAUAUCUUCUUCCACACAUACUCAAGAUGUUCCGCCUCCGAGAUGCACAAAUCCGUUUGAUACUAUUGGACUAUUUUAUGGAAUACAUUCGUCUCUUGGACGAUGAGCAGCUACAGAGUGAGAUUCUGCCGCAUUUGCAGCUCGGAAUGAGCGACACCAAUGACGUGCUAGUGGCAAAAACAUUGAGAUCCAUGGCGGAUUUGGUGCCAAUUUUAGGGGCUAAUAAAGUUCUGGGUGGAGAUCGUCGCCGCUGCUUUUCCGAUGGUCGACCGCAUGCAGCUGUAUCCACAGACAGUCAGAAUCUCUUGACAGAGCCGCGUUCCAUAACUCCAUUGAUGAAUGGCAAUUCCAUAGAUGCAGAAGACGACGAAUUCAUGGUUUCCGGCAGUCCGCUGCCAACAGAAAACAAUGUAGCUCCUCUGUCUCUCAGGCUAAGUCCUGAUGGCGGUGAAGACGAGAAGGAUCUAACGAAUUUAAAUGAGAAACCUCUAGAGAUGGACCGCAGCAGCGAUCCUGAAAACAAUUCGAAUAAAUCCACCAGUUCCACCCACGACAACACAUUAAUCAACGCCGAUGACGAGGAGGUCUGGUCUGACUGGGAUACCACAGAUGAGCUGCAGCGUCUGCAUGUUAAGCAAGCAGGAUUGGAGGAACUCGUGGCAACCGAUGAGCUGGCUUUGAAUAUUUUGGAAACCAACAGCAGUGCCUCCACCCAGGCGACGCAGGCCUCUUCGAGCGACUCCUACCGCACCGCCGCUUCCAACAUAUCACAAUCUGCGGUCAAGCAAGCUGCGCAACCAAGUCGCAAGCUCAUUGAUGAUCUUAGCGCACUCGAUAUACAGGUGCAGCUGGCUACGCCACCAGGUAGAUCAGCGUCGACAGAGUAUGAUUUCUUCAAGGACAUGGAGCCGGUCAUAGAAUGCAAAGUAGUCCCCAGCUGUGGCCCCACAGAGGUGAUUCAAGUGGAUGCCAGUCGCUUUGCGGCUGCCACAGAGACGCCCAAUGACGACAAUCUCGAGGCGAAUCACGGUUGGGGUCACGACGAGCAGGACGAAGAUGAUGUUGUUUGGGGCACGAACUAGAAAGUUUCAUCAUUGUUGAGUUGAUCCGUUCUAUAAACUGUACAAUAAAGUCCAUGUAAUGUAAUUGAAUGUCAUGUAUAUUUUGAUGCAUUUUCAUUAAUCUUUAAAA